CAAGUUUGAAGCCCAUACUGCCGAAAUGCCUGUCAAAUUCGCACAAGAUCCCGGCGAAGUUAUCGAGGCUAUCAACGAAACCUCUAAGUCAGUCGUUGUACAUUACUGGGCUCCUUGGAUGGGGCCCGAGUCGCCCUUCUUUCCAAUUUUCUGCGAGGCGGAUGAAAAUCGGGGCGACGAGGUUGACUUUGUCAUCGUGAACAGUGGGUUCAUUCUCCCGCCGCAUUCGCCCGACCAGAUGCCCUUGACAGUCCUCUACAAGCAGGGGGAGGAGGUGGAGACGGCUCAGUUCGAUCCCAGCGAGGUCCAGGAGCUUAUUGAAAGGGCGUAA